CUGCACCCCCUAAGGGCCCCCCCACACACACACACACACACUGUGUCUGGGGCCUGGGUCAGGCCUGACUUGAGGGGUAAUUGCUGGGGUGGGGAAGCUGGACAUUGAGUGGGGCAGGGGAGUGAGGCCCCUCCUGCAAAACUAUAGCAUGGGAAGUGGCUGUUGCCUCCCCACCUCCACGCACACAGGGGUGCCAUGAUGGGCAUAUCCCAGUAGGGGGUGGGCCAGGCCUAGCACAAUCCCACCCCCUUGCCCCCAAACCCUGCCCCCCAUACAAAGGGUGUUACGGGGCAGGGACGCAACCCAGAAGAGGGCGUUGUUGGAGGGAACAGGGCCAGAGGGGUAGGUGCCAGGGCAGAUCCCAUCCCCAUGUGCCACUAGGGUUUCCCCCCAACCAUGCCAGUGACAUUGCCCAUACACUAUGGGAGGGGAACCAGUCCCAGGGGACAAUGGGGUGAGGGGACAGGUAUAAGGCUGCUGACUCCCACAGCUCCGCCACCUUGCCCCCAGGCCCUGCCCCCCACAUCCAGUAGGUCCAAUGGCCAGGUAGGGAGUUAGGCCCCACCCUUACUCCUGCCCCCACCCAACAGCGCCCCUUUUGCCUGCAGGUCCCACCCCCAGCCAUGACAGUGACCUACACAGCCCGUGUGGCCAAUGCCCGCUUCUGCGGCUUCUACCAGCUGCUGGGGCUGUGGCGCGGCAGCAUCUACAAGCUGCUCUACCGCGAGUUCCUCAUCUUCCUCAUCGCCUACCUGGGCCUCAGCCUUACCUAUCGCUUCGUCUUGGCCGAGGAUCAGAAACGCUCCUUUGAAAAGCUGGUGAUUUACUGUGACCAGUACGCCAACCUCAUUCCUGUCUCCUUCGUGCUGGGGUUCUAUGUGACGCUGGUGGUGACAAGGUGGUGGAGCCAGUACACAAGCCUGCCAAUGCCCGACCGGCUGAUGUGUGCCAUCGCAGGCAGUGUGCAUGGGCGUGAUGAACGGGGCCGGUUGCUACGCCGCACACUUAUGCGCUAUGGCAGUCUGGCAGGUGUGCUCAUCCUGCGCUCCGUCAGCACCGCUGUCUUCAAGCGCUUCCCCACCAUGGACCACGUCGUUGAGGCCGGCUUCAUGACGCGAGAGGAGCGGAAGAAGUUCGAGGGGCUGCACUCACCCUACAACAAGUACUGGGUGCCCUGUCUGUGGUUCACCAGCCUGGUGGCCCAGGCCCGGCGCGAGGGUCGUGUGCAUGAUGACUGUGCCCUCAAGCUGCUCAUGGAGGAGCUGAACACAUUUCGGGGCAACUGCAGCAUGCUCUUUCACUAUGACUGGAUCAGCGUGCCCCUUGUCUACACUCAGGUAGUGACCAUUGCUGUGUACAGCUUCUUUGUGGCCUGUCUGAUUGGGCGCCAGUUCCUGGACCCAUCUCAGGGCUACACAGGGCACGAACUAGACCUGGGGCUGCCCAUCUUCACCCUGCUGCAGUUCUUCUUCUACGUUGGCUGGCUCAAGGUGGCUGAACAGCUGAUUAACCCCUUUGGGGAAGACGAUGAUGACUUUGAGACCAACCUGCUCAUCGACCGUAACUUCCAGGUGUCCAUGUUAGCGGUAGAUGAGAUGUAUGAGGACCUGCCGCUGCUGGAGCGGGACCGGUACUGGGAUGCGGCUAAUCCACGAGCACCAUACACGGCUGCCACCGCCUUCCUGCUGCAGCAGCCACGCUUCCAGGGCUCUACCUUUGACAUCACGCUGGCCAAGGAGGAGAUGCAGUUCCAGCCUUUGGAGGAGAUCGAGGAGGGGCUGGAGCCACGUACCCGGGGCUCCCCGUCCCCCCCACCCUGGCUCCUGGGUCCUAGCAGCUUUGCGAGUCACCUCCCCCUGCUCCCCCGGAAGAACAGCAGUGCCUCUGAGGCCUCUGGCGCCUAUGGCUGCCUGUGUCCAGGAGCAUCCUGCGGCUGCCAGGCCUCCAAAACGCCCCUGGGCUGGGAUGAGGAAGCAGUGGCUGGCGGAGGAGCCACAUCGGAGCCCUGCAGCAGCACCCAGCCCCUCCUGGACACUGUGGUGCCCCUGUCCCCUGUGAACUCCCCACAACCACCCCUACCCCACUGGCUGCAGGGCUCCCUCGAAGAAGAGAAGAGGGCAUGAGCUGGCCCCAGGCUCCCUGCAAUGCCCCAAUGGCACCCAUUACACCCAGCUGCCACUGCACCCCACCCUAGAGGCAGGUGCAUCUUGGGGUCUGUUAUACCCAGCAGUCGGCAUGUCUCAUCCCAGAGACAGCUACAUCUUGGGGUCCCUGCUAUUCCCAGUCACCAACCAGCUCCCAUCCCAGAGGCUGCCACAGCUCUGUGCCCAUUACACCCAGCCAUUGGUGUGGUCUACCCGAGAGGCAGCUGCAUCAUGGGCUACCCAUUAUCCCCAGCCACCAGCAUGCCUCAGCUUGGAGACAGCUGCAACUCCAGGUCCAUUACCCACAGCCCCACUUCAGGGGGCAUACACACAGCUGCCACAUGCCCCCCAGCCCCCAUUCAUAUUUAACCCAUUCUGGGCCAGGGCUACACUGGCCACAAAAGUGCCUGGCAAGGGGCAGGGGGAGAUAUGGGGGGCAGAGAUAGGAGCCAGCCCCUACCCACAUGCUGAGGGCAUCCCCUUUCUUCCCCUGCCAUUUUUCUGCCUUUAAACCAAACAGACCAAGUGCAAUACAGUGCAUUUCUGGGGGGCAGGGGGUAGUUCUUUUGGGGGCAUAAGGAGGCGAUGGGAGAUGGGGCAACUGCCCUCAUGGGCUACACUUACCCCCCUGCGCCGCCAUGAGCCAUCCUGAUCCCGCC